AUGAUCUCGGGUUGUGCGAUUUAUGAUAGAACAGUGAUGCCGAAAAAGGUACAGAAGGCCGGUAAAGCGGUUAGCAGUCACCUUUUCAAAUACAGUUAGCUGUUUGCCUUUGCAAAAAAAUAAUAAUAAUCACCAGUCUCGUCGUUGUCAAUAGCGUUAGUAAAACAGAAAAACAGGAUUCCCUUGUUUGCUACUAUGAAGAGUUGGCGAAGUUAGGAGGUUUCAGUUUCAUAAAUCCUGUUUAACGAUAAUUUGUCAGACAGAAUUUUUAGACUGUUAGUUUUGCAUCUAAUAUGGAUUCGCUCUAAUUCCCAGACGCUCUGACUGAAAAUUCUUCUCACUUUUUUUUUUUCAGUCAGCUUUCAGCGGUAGGAUCUUGUGCUGACCUUUUUUCGUAGAUCCUUCAGUCCACCCUUUUUUCCACUCCCUAUUUGCAAAUAAAUUAAGCCUAUAUAUUCCAUAGGACAGGACAGCGAGAUUCCCAUAGUGGAAAGGCUUCUCCUUAUGAGUAACACCAUUAAGCUGCUAUUAUUAUUUUGUUUUUCGUUCAUCCAUUCUUCUCUUCACUUUUUUCAUUCAUUCAUCCAUCCAUCCAUCCAUUUAUUCAUCCAUUCAUUCAUUCAUUCAUUUAUUCAGACAGUCUGUCAUUCAUAUUUGAAUGUCUUAUUUAGUUGUAUUUAUUUAGUGUUCAUUAACAGAUCUUUUGUUUACAGCCACUGUUGCGCCCACGGUCAAUUCUUCACUGCUUCUUCGAUGCGACAGAAAGACCAUUCACUUAACUAAGUCAUCUGGAACAAUUCGCUCCCCAGGCUACCCCCAUGAGUAUGCCGAGAAUCAGCGCUGUACCUGGCGAGUGCAGGUACCUCGUGGAUUCCGUAUUAGGAUUCGUUUUCGACGUCAGUUUGACAUUGAACAAUCACCUCAUUGCUCCAAGGACUAUCUCAUGUUGUCCGUUAAGAAGAAUUUUCGCGAUGUUCCCAAAUACUGUGGCAGUAUGAGACCUAGCAGCUUCUUGGUACGGCAUAACUCCGUCUGGAUUCGGUUCCGAUCGGACAACAACACAACUGGCAAGGGAUUUCACAUAUCCUACACUUCAGAGGGUAAAUACAUUCCCUUCACAUUUAAUAAAUCAAUCAAUUAAUCAUUUGAAACUGUCGUGAGAACUUGUCAAUAUGGUGAUCGCCGCCAUGUUUUCGUUAUAAUAUAACUCGUAUGUACAAUCCCAGCUACGUUUUGCGUCCCCUUUUUCUCAAAAUUGACUGGAUCGAUUUGGGAAGACUAGUGCAAAAUAACCCCUUUUCCCAUUAUUUUUAUGAAAUGUAAACGCGAUACAUCAUUCCGUAUUUCGCUUUCACUCUUCUCUCGGAGAUUCCGAACGCCAGGCACAGUUACGCCCAUUGCUCUCACUCGAAUGUCUAUUUGUUACACACCUGUGACGUCACAUAGUUACGUGACAUAAACUCGAUCGUUUUCCCGUCACGCCCAAAAUUGCUAGUUUUAAUUGGCAAUGUUGAAAAAAUGCUCUUAUCGGGAAAAGUUUUUCUUUAUGUGGAAUAAUAUAUGACCAAAGCACUUUCCAAAAAAAACAAUUAAAAAAAUAUGAAAAAUGGGUAUCAAAAACCUAACACCGGCCCUUUAACUCAUGACGCUAUUUUAUCAUGGCUGGCUUUUAGAGGGUCUUACUGAUUUUUAGUGAAAGACUCUAAAUUACUUAGUGGCCCAUUCGAUGACCAUUUAACCUUCGUCGAGUCAAAAAUUCAGCAGCAGUACGUCUUCGUAGCUCCAGUCAGAUGCAUUUCAUAAAUUUUGUUUUUUUUUGGACUGCUUGAGAGUUUCAAGUGUUACUAACACCAGAUUCAUAUAACCAAAGCCCUGUGUUUCACUUUUUAUUUUGAUACAGAUGAAAACGAAUGCAAGAAAGACAUGUGUACAUUCCCAACACUGUGUAGAAACACUGUUGGUAGCUACGAAUGUGACUGUCCUCUGGGAUAUGCCAACAAAGGUCCGAAACAAUCAGCGAGGUGUGAAGGUAUUCAGAAUAGCCAUUCCUUAACUUUUCCCUGACACACAGUCUCCCCGCCAAAAGUGGACAAGUCUAUAAGAAAACUGACACCAGGAGAUGCUCCCUCCCAUUGCUCAUUUUUUUUUGUUGACUCCUUAAGGGCGCUCUCCAAAAGUCACAACUGGCCGGUGGGAAGCUGACAGACGGGUCAUUUUGAAAAAAAUUAGGAUUUUCUGAAGAGUUUUCGCUUAAAAAGCCGUCAAGCCUAUGAAUAUUCUUAAGAACUGACUGAUCUCACUGGUUGCACAGUUUUGGUAAAGAGUGAAAUUCUCAUAACAAAAUCAUUUAAAUCCGUCGAUCAAUCGCAUGAAGUAUUGUUUAAGAAUUUUUGUCAUUUCAGCGAAAUUUUCAUCCGAGAGAUUUCAUGGUGGUUUUAAAUUUACUAAGUUAUUUCAAUGUUUUAUAAUUGUAGAUAUUGACGAGUGCAAAACAGGCAAUGGCCGAUGUCAGCACAAGUGUGUGAACACAGAGGGAAGCUUUUACUGUAUGUGCAAAAAAGGCUAUAAACUCGCAGCAGAUGAGAGGAGGUGUAAAGGUAACUAGCUUAACGUUGCAGUCACCUCUUGAGUUCAAGAUCGGAAUUUAAGCGAAGGAUAGACACUUCCACGGUUGUUUAAAUUCUUGACAUGGACCAGUCUGGGAAAAUCCAUCGACACCAUUGGAAAGAGCGCCUUAAAUUGAAAAAUUUGAAAGUGAUACUUAAGCGAGCUAAGCUAUAGCUCCCCAAUGUUGCGAAAAUUUACAGACGGUUUGUAUGGUGGGCGCAAGUUUGUGCCCUCCACCAUAUGUCUGUAAAACGUCUGUAAAAUUUCGUUAGUUUUCAACAAAUCACUCUCAAACUUGGCAAUUUCACUUAUUUCAAGGCGUUCUUUUCAGUGGUGUCGACGAAUUUUCCCUAACUUGUCCACGUCAAAAGUUGAAAAAAAAACGUACAACGGUCUAUGGCUUAAAGACUUAUUUAAUUAUGGGAUUUCCAUCCUAACAGAUUACCAAUGAAGCCUCGAUUCUUAAAGAAUUCAGUUAACUGUAUAACUUCAUGCUAGUGCAAUGCAUUCUUUUAGACAACCAUAAAGGUUUGCCCUAGAGUGCUUUAUCAUCGAUGUCAUUGAUGAUACGCACUUUUGAUAAGUGGUUAAAAUUAUUGGUAGUGCUACAACCAAAUUAAGAAUGGCAAGCGUCCUAAAAAGUAAAUAAAUUUUAAAAUUGUUUGCAUCAAAUAAUAGGACUGAAUUUCAACGUGUACCGUCAUUCGUACACCGAUACUUCAUUGUCAGUUCACAAUUGUGAAGAGGACAAACCCUUACUCCUAAGAUCUUGAAAUAUUUUUGGCGUGUAAAAACAUAAUGAAUUAUACCAUCGUUUGAUCGUAAAUAGCGGUGGUAGCAAGGGAAUGUGGAUGUUUAUUCUAAAUCUCUAAACACCCAACAAAUUGAUACAUAAUUAUGGCAGUCUUUGCUGAUGUGAUCUUGAGGGUUUGUCCAAUCACCAUUGUGAACGCCGACAAGGCCUUGGGACCGAGCGCUCAGUUUUUAAGUACGUGUUAUACAACUUAGCGAUCUCCUUAGAUGAUCAAAAGAGUGACAUAUACGCUGAUACCUCUGGGUCAAUCAACAGCUACAUAAAUCAACGAAGAUGGGAUUGUUGCUUCUAGUAAAUACGCGAACCUAUUGUAGAACAGAAUAGUUAUUUGUUCCACACAGAUUCAGAAUGCAUUAAAAAAAGUAUACAGUGUGCUGUGAUGGGACGGUUGUGGGUGGGGGGCCUAAAAGAUCUCAAUUCAAAGGCAACAAUAAAAGUAAAUUUUAAAAUAAAUGAUAAGUCGAUUAGGAGUGUUAUACACUGGAUGUUUGUUCAAUAUUUCAAAGCUUUUUUAAUGAGCAUUAGAUGAUUCUCGUUUACCUCUCAUGUUGCUGUAAUUAGGUAAAUUAUUUUCACCUUGUGGACACCUUGUUUUUAAAAGAAAAACAGUAUGAUUAAAUAUUUACAAGGCAUAUAAAGUAAACGCAAACGUUAUGUUUACUCUAACUUUACUUGAGAAUAUGACGUAACGAUAGCUAACUAUAUGAGGGAACCUCGGGUUAAAGCGUGGUUUCCGUUUUCAACAGAGAAGUAAUCAGGUACACAUUUCCAGGCAGACAAAAGGUCAAAAUUUCGAAGAAGAUGUAAAUUUUAGAAAAAAGGCGAAUGGCUAAUUUUUAAACGAAGUACAACAUGUAUGGUGAUGUAACUGCAUGAUUAUGAACAUGAAGGCUUACUUUUUUCCUUGUUUGCUCAUUUUUGUGGCCUGAUUUUCCAUUAUAGAUUCAUUUAUUAAAUUUUCUUCCGAAAAACUGUCAUUUGCACCAAGUUAACUUUACUUGAGAUUGUUAGCUGAAUGCGUACAACAUGUGCUGAGGUUUUUUUUUUUAAAUGCGUGAAAACACGACACGUGUGCUGACAAAAAAUACAAUUAAACAAAGAAAAGGUAUACUGAGACAGUUUCAGGAUUUAUGACAUAUUGAACCACUGCUUUUAUUUCCACCUCACUUUUAUUACAGCAAUUCAGAUCAACAAACGAGCUUUCUUACUCGAUACUCAGGAGAUCCCAAACAAACUUGUAGACUAGCAAGGAAGAGCUUUAUUAGUUCUCCUUCUUAGAAGAAGUCCUUGCCCACUGACUUUUCGCGGAACAUUUAGGCUAUCAUACUUCGUGAGGAUGAACUAAAUUUCCAAGCAUGUCAUAAAGUUGUCCCCUCUUCGUGAGCCGCGAAAAAGCUUCCCUGAAAAACAGAUAAUCAUAAGCAGAAAAAUAAGUUCAAAAUUAUCCCGUUACAAACAGUUUUUUUGUAAAGAUCACUCAACUUGAAUUUUCAAAAUUGCCUAUAAGAAAAAAUUGUUGGAUUUCUGGACUGGGUGCAGUGAACAGUACGUUUAAUUGACGAAAUAUAAUACACCAGUUUUUAAGACAAGCCUUGCGUGGAAAUGAAAACUAGAAAGAGGUCUAAAAAGCCCGGUAGAAAAGUGAGUUAUCUUUAUAUUUUACAAGGAAAAAAAAAGAAAUUAAAGAUGAACAGACGAAAACUGAGUUCUCUUUAAGCUUGUCAUUUUUUCUUGCUCAGUCCAUCACUAAGACCAAGUGUAGGGAUAGGCUAGAAUGAUAUAAGUUUAAUCCUACCCUGUAAUAUUAAAAAAAUCAUUAUUUUUCCUGUUCCAAAAUGAGGAUUUUAGUCACAACUCGUGCGCCAUAAAUCCUCAAUUUCUCUACAAUUAUGCCACUUUCACGGUGCGUUCAUGCUUGAAUAGCCUGACGCAAUGCCUUAUUGAUAUCGUAAAUGAGCGACCAUCUUUCCCGAUAACGCUGAUAGCCGUGAACCUAUAGUGGGUAUAAUCAAACAAUAAUCAUAUUCAUCGCUACAAUCCUAAGCUAAAUCGCAGUUCCUUUACUUUUGCAUCUCUGUCCAUAGGAAAGAAAAAUGCAAAAACCCUAGUCGUGAAUCGAAGCAAUCCUUUCCAUAGAGUCGUCUCUACUACGGCUAAAAUGGAACAGAGAAAACUCUGUUCAGAACAACCAAAAUACUCGAAAGUCAUGGAGAAUCUUUUCGUUUGAAAAGUCUAUGUCUACGAAACUAAUUGACAAACUGUUUUAUAAUCGCAAGAAAACAACAUGGCUUCCACCUACGCAACAACCUCCGUGGUUUUCACGCCUUUUACACAGAUUCACCACCCUUUUACAUGUCACUGUACUUUGUCCCACCAAAACCUAACCUCGACCCAGCCUUCAGUUCUUCGAAUAUUUUGGCAGGAUAUGAGCGCCACCCAAAUAUUAAAACGGCGGAAAUCGAGCCAGCCUCCGACCACAAAGUUCAAAACUAACAGCCAAUAAUUAUCCGUGAUAAACGUUUUCAAAGUGGAGAACCAAGAUGUUAAGUUGUUUGGCAUGUGGUACAUGACCCACUGACUCCCAGUAAUAGAUAAACGCAACCGUGAGUGUUUUAUGUAUCAGGUAAAACGGAAGUCUCGCGCAAGAGUAUGCACGGUAAUUUGCACCUCGCAAGCAAAACAUCACCCUAGUGUUCUUUUUGGUGUUCGUUGCUAGUGCGUUUCUGUGAAAAAAUCUAUGGUCUUUCUUCAUGAACUAAAAUUGAUACUGAAUGGAAAUAAACUUAACAACCUAACAUAAAGAUUAAGCGUGACUUGGUUGGAAGCCACUUAUCUUCAGGUGACGAGAAAGCCCCUCCAGCACUGUAUAGAAAACCACUUUAUGGUACCGCCACUGUAAUACCAUAGCUUUAAUACAAAUAAAACACCCAUUUCAAUGGUGCUUUUAUCGGAUAAUAUAACGUCUGAAGUUAAAAAUACCGGCGUCUUGAUACUUGUUUGCGGUAGAGAACAUCCGUUUCUGCUUUACUAGAACUGUUCUUGGGAAUGCUCCAAAAUGCCAAGUAUCGCAAGUGUAACAAGUUUCUUGUUACCGCCGGACUUUGUCCUUAUGUAUUCUCCUCGGCUUUCAUCAUAAGUAACAGUUAAAAGCUCUUUACGAGUUCUAAGGUCAAAACAACUAAAAAUCAAGUUACGCUCGCUAGUUUUAAAUUCAAAUGGAACUCGUCAAAUGGCUACCCUGUUACUUAUUCUGUGAUGCGGGCAUUAUCUUGUUUCCUAUCGUACGGCCUUCUUUCUUCCGCCUGAACAUGACAAAGAUCUCCCUAAUUUGCUUAAUGAAAAAUAUUUAACCCGAACACCUUUUCCUUGCCAGAGCUCCAGUUUGAAGUGUGAUUCAAUUAGGAACAUUCUCGACACCCUUCUUUGGAAUUUAUGUGACCAUAUCCUAAUGCUAUUGAAAUCAUUAGAACGUCGUGUUUUUCUUUCUUUUUGAAAUAAUUCCUAGUAACCUAAGAGCAACGAUAAAAAUUAGAUAAGCAACCUGUUAAAAGCAAACCAUAAGCAUUAAAAAUACCAAAUUCAAAGCUAUUGCAUUAAAAUCUCUGGAAACUGUUAUUUGAAAUAAGGCCUGGUCUGCAGUGAGUACUUCAGCACUUACGACACUUUUUUUAUAAGAAUGCCGCUUUUCCGGCUCAGGUUAGCUGAAUAUUUUUAUUUUUCUGACGAUUUUAGGCUUUAAAUAUUCUUGUAUAAUUUUUAAAUUAAAGAUUAUGACUUUUUCGUUUGAGAAUGUAUUGGGGUCUAAAUUACAGUUGAUGCAGGUUCUGGUUUUGGUUGCUAGUCUUACCGUUUAGAGAAAGAGCUUUAGCAUCGACGACGGCGUCGGCAGCGAAAACGUCUCUUUUAAAAUGAAUUCGCGUGUUUUCAAACCGCCUCCUUAAAACGUACGUGAAAUUAGGCAUUUGCACGUCAUCGUAGUCGUGCACUGACGGCAGAGAAAUGUACAAAAAGCGUGAUGUACGUGCAAAGUUGUUGUUUGAAACCUGUUGCUUUUUUGGCGUUCUCGUUGCCGUCGCCGUUGUCGUUGCUUAAGUUCCCCGCUUCUAUUCUUAUGAAAUCUCAUCUUAUGCAGCUAGAUGAAUCGUCCUCCUACUCAUUGUUUUCUUGUUAGCUCGCUUCGUUUUCACUCAAAACUCUUACUAGCCUAUGCCCUCUGAUAAAAUAAUUUAUGAUAAUAACUAAGCACUCAACCAUCACAGUCUUCGGUACUUUCACUGCACUUGGACAACCACAACUUGAAAUUUCCUUAUCACGCCGGCUACGUCAGUCCAUGGAGGACGCAAAAACACGACCAGAAAUUUCCCCCUCUCUUUUAAAACUUGGGCGUGGUCCCUAAGAGUUCCACUACAGGAAAAUUCACCUACAUUUGAUAUUUAAGCGCGAAUAACCGCGAAAAAAAUUGUAAAAACGCGAGUUCAUUUUUAAUAGUGACGUUUCGUUGCCGUCACUUAAUAUUGCGACGAAACACCCUGUCACGUGUUUGAUACAACUUCCAAAACAACCUGUACACACAACGAGAAGUUUUUCAUCACGUAUCAAACACGCCACCGCGCACGGUUUACUUUGACUUUGGAUUAGUAAUGCUGAUUUUCAGAAAAGCGUUUGUAAUUCAGUAUGCACGCAUGUUUGCUUUCUAGAGAAAAACAUUAUCAAGCUUGAAUCACGAAAUUUCUCGGUAUACUUUUCAUUUUUGUGGUAAAAAGAAACUUCCUUCUUACAUUUCGCGUCUCGGCGUUCUUUGACAUGCAUGCAACCAAAGAUAUUUCCUAACAAUGAUUGUAUCCAGUCUAAAAUCAAUGAACUGAAAUUCCACUACCGAUUAACUUUCCAAAUUUUAGCUCAAAGAAGCAUGAUAGCUUUUAUGUCAAACUCAAUCCGCGCCUCGUACAUUGCAGAUUUUUUCCCAUUUUCAAACAGUAAGCAAAAGUCAAGACAGAAACAUUCGUUUAAAUGUAAAGGCAUAAAAAUUUUCACCAAAAACUAGUAAUUCUCAGUUUGCUUGCUAAUAUUCGUGUUUUGUACACAUGUACUGAAUAGCAUAGAUCAGUAACGAAUACCUGCCUAGCUGUCGUUUUGUCUCCGAUGGUUCUAAUGAACAGUGGAGUUCCCUAUUUUUUACUGAGUAUGUUUUACAAGCCUACAAUCGAAGAUAAUGCCUUUAUUCUAACCUUCCCGUCGCUGUAAUAGUACCAAGUUAACUAGUUUCAAAAUAAGUUAUAUUACUUACUUGACUGUCGUGUUAAUUUUGGCUCUCAUGUCCUUCUUUCUUCUCAGCAGAUCAAAAUGAGUGCAACAGGAACAAUGGCGGCUGUUCACACUUGUGCGUGAAUUCUCGAUCCUCUCAUUACUGUUCCUGCCCUCAUGAAUACGUCCUUCAUUCAAAUAAAAAGACCUGCUAUCCAGGUAAUAUAUUUGUGCGUUAAAUACGUUAUAACUAUCGCAAGAAACCGCCAGUACAGAGAACUUUUAACUGUGAGUGUUCCCGUUGUGUUCCGGAGAGGCAGAAAAAAGAUAUGCUAAAUUCUUAAUAUUGCGUUGUUUUCCAGUGUGUUACUGAUCCCUUGGCUGGAUUAAUUGCGUGAAAGAAAGUCUAACCACAACGGAACUGACGAAAAGCCACUACUAGUUACGUUCGGUUCUUCUUUUCCCCGGUGUAAAUUAAUAAAUCAAGGAAAUGUCAUCGGCAAAUUGUCAAUUUGCACCAAACUCGCGAAAUCCGGCCAAAAAAGAUCAAUUUUACGGACUUGCUACGUGUCGGUAUGGUACUUAGAUUCCAUUCACAAAAAGUCAUUAUUUCGAUUAUGGCCAAGGUUUUUACUUGAUUCAAACGUAUCCCUUAUCGGAAAAAAGCAAUAUCAAAGUUACAUAGGUGCUCUACAGCAAAUUAGAAAGUAGACAUCGCGCUGUGGGUGUGGCUGGGUUUGUUACUCCUAAAAAUCGAAAGAAAACUCUUGGAAACCCUUUUUCCGUGUCGGUCGAAUAAAGAAGAAUCUCUACAGCGUGGAUUACAGUGUAAGAGCAAUCUGAAGGUUUUGAGCUUGUUAGUUUAGGAUCAUGCUAAUCCUCUCAUUCUAAUUCCACAUGUUAACAGCACUCUUGUCAUUAAUGCUAUAUAAAUCUGUUAUUGAUGCUCGUAUCAAAGACACUGAGGAAUGCUCACGAGCUGCAUUUUUCAAACUGUUUUGGGAAGAAUUAAUUGCUUUUUUGCUUGAACACCUUGCAUUUCACCAUAGUUUUUGAUGAAAAAAAGAAUGAAAAAAAGAAUGGAAAUCAAGAGAUUUUUCAAGCAAAAAUAACAGAAAUGUUUUACAACUGGAGAUUUUCUUAUGGUCUUCCGUUGAAUAAAUUUCUUUCCUUAGCUUGGGAAACGCAAAACAAAAACAGCUCUGUUUGGUUAAAAGUCAUAUUUAAACCUGUUUGUCUUCGAUUAACCUCAAUGUGCGUUAAACACUUUACAAAAAGAGUCAGAGUCUUUUAAAGAAAUUUGUCAGUAUUUCCGGUAUUGCAGUCUCUAUGCUAAAUAUUGGUUUUACGGGGAUCGUUUUUGCCAGAUUGCCUUGUAUAGUUAAAGGAGGUUUCCUGGCAUGUCCCGGCUGAAAUUGGGAAUAUCAACUUUCUAUUGAUAGGCGCCACUGUCACAUGAACCAGACAGCUUCCUAGUAGAGUGUACCUAGAGCCCGGAGGGGGGGGGGGGGGCGCCCGUCAGUCACAGGGCGGGCAAGCUUAUGGGAAAUUUUGUUUUAAACCCACAAAAGAUAACAUACGGCCUGCCACGCGAUUUUUUGAGCCCCCAAAUAGGCCCAAAACAGCCGCCCGCUCACAAAACUUUGAACCACAAAAAGCGCACGACUAAAACUAACAAAAAAGAGAUCUUUUAUCUAAUAAUAGUUUUUAAAGACAACUUCAGAAAAUACAAGUUGUAUGCGGGACCCUAAACGGGAGCUUGGCGCCUUAAAAUAUGGGGGCUUUGCCACGAACACCCCAAGCGAAACCAAAAUCCAAAAUUUACAACCCUGAGCGGGACCACGAGCAUCCCGGUCUGUUUCAUAUGGGAGGCCCCCCCCCCCCCCCCGGGAGCUAGAGUUAGUGCCGACUUGUCAGUGUUCUUAGUCGUUCGACUUAACAAUACGAAAGGUUUGAACCCAGAAGCCAUUUCAUAAGUAGGUUGAGUAUGAUCGUCCGGGUGAACGUAGUCCUGAAUGGAAACGGUUGUUGUUGACAGUGAACAGUUAGUAGUCAACAGUUACUGGCACCGUACAAACGACUUAUUGACGGAAUCAAGCAAACCUAACUACAAGAGAGUGACUGGAUAACUGACAAUUUGACUAACAGUAGACGACUAACUGUGACAAUAGACGGAUCGAAGCGCACCAAUGACAUUACGAGUCUUCAUAGGCAAUAACAUCACGGCUUAACUGACAGACGACCAAUAACAUCACAACUUAAUUGACCAAUCAGGUCAAUAAUCAGAGUUUAAUACCAUCAACUGACGGAAUACAACUCACUUUGACUCUGAAGAUGACUACCGCACAGGUUGUCGAAACGUCAGUCACUGUCAUCAACAACAGUCCUAUUCAAGACUGACUCAAGACUAUGUGCAACCGGACCAUCAAACUCAACCUACUUACUUAACUCUCAGGGGCACCCAACGUCAAUUUUCGGAAAAUUUCUGUUUGGACUACGAUUUGAGAUCUGUUCCGUUAGUAAGGCAUGCAAACGUCUCUCUUUAAGGCCAUCCAAGGGUUGUACGUCUUAGACACAGUCUGAACUGUUGUCAAAGAAGAUCUAACAUCAUAUUUUAUUCCUUUUUCUACUUUUAGAAAUAUCAUUUUAUGAUAAACAGUACACAGUGACUGUCAGUGAAGAUGAGCAGCCCAACACCGUGAUUACCAAAGUGCAGGCUAGGACAUUUCCCUUCACACACAGUAUCACCUACACUCUACUGUCAGAGAACCUUAAAAAGCCCUCUCUGUUCGCAAUCAACUCUAGAACUGGGGAAAUUAUGGUCAAACAUAUACUUGCCAGGGUCAAAGUUAGAAAUUUUUUGCUCGAGUUGGAGGCAAGCUUUCAAGUUCCUGAUAAUCCUGGUGAUCGUCAACGUCGAUCCACAAAAUACUUUCUGCUCAUCAACGUUCGAGACCCCCAAAGUGAAAACACGCUUUCUUUUACAAAUUCAACAUAUCACCUAAAGAUCCCAUGCAACGUGUCUCAAGAUGAAACGGUUUUCCGAGUACAAACCGCUGAUACAGAGAACAGCAGGCAUCUGCGAAUAAGAUACAGAUUUCAAAAGAAACUGGACUACUUCCACAUCACGCCUAACGGGAAAAUGAAGGUGAAAAGGAGCCUUCUGUUGUACUGCUUUCUUACUCCCGCCAAAACCUUCCAAACCACCCUCAUUGCGCGAGACACCAGUGGCGUGAGGAGAAAUGCGCACGCUCUGAUGCGAAUAGUGGUAACUCCACCAGGACAGCUCUACAAAGUUACCACAAGCGUGAUUCCUGACACUAAAAACACUAUAACACCCCCACACCCUGCAAAAUCAAGCCAUGAGAAAUGA